AUGAGUGAAUCCAUGAACGUAUUGAUUUUUUGUGAUCAUAGGGACUCGUUUUCGGUGGAGCUAGACUAUUUGAGGAAAAGAUUUGCAGAUGAUUGUGGCUCCACCAAAAUAAUAGCUCUUUGUGACUACUUUUCAGAUCAUCUAAUAUCGGAAUAUGAGCUCCUCAGUGACAUAUUCAUUGCUUUCAUGGAUUUAAUAUCAGUUCAUAACAUAAUUGUAUUUUUCGUCUCGGAAUGUGCCUCUGAGUCAUACAAAUGUUCACCAAAUAAACCUCCAGAGUUGGAUUCUUUCAUUAUGAAAUCAUUAUUUGAAUCAGAUAUUCCCCAGAAGGGCCAUUGUAUAACUGAGUCCUCAUUCAACUGCUAUACUUUGAUGGAGUUGCUGCCAUUUUUUGCCUAUGAACGUGUUCUGGGAACUUCGAAGUUUAAAAAAAUGCUUUAUUUUUUCAAGAAACCUUCAGUGAAUUUUAAGGCACAAAGAAAACCAUGGACCAGCGUCAGAGUUUGUUUUGCCGGGGCAUAUCAGAAAGUUGGAGGAUGUCUUAGAUCGGUUUUGUUUGUCAGCAUUGAAUGA